UGCUUUUCCAAACAAAGUUUUCGAAAACAAAAAUUGAGAAAAUCGAUUCGCUUUCCCCUUUCACCAUCUUCGCUUCCUCAUCAAUCUUUCUUCUUUACUUUUCUUUUCUUCUGUUCUCUUCUUUCUCUAAUGGAUAUCCGCGUAAAGCAAGAGAAUCUACCCACUCCUACUGCCGUUAACGGCAACGAACCCUCCGUAAUCGAUCUCUGCAGUAGCGACGAAGAAGACGACGGCGAUGCUUCUAGAAUCGUCUCCUCCGUCGGCGAGAAGAGAGCGCGAAGUGGUACUCUAAAUACUCCGGCGAAGAGGGUAGCGGUUUCGGCUGAGGAAGAAGGGUUUGGGCAAUCAUCGGAACAAGCCAUAGUGGCUCUUCCGGCGACGCCUUGUAACGUCGUGCGGCCUUCUCCGUCACCGUCUUGCAAGCAGUUCUGGAAAGCUGGGGACUACGAAGGAACUUCUGGUGGUCAUUGGGAAGUUUCUGCAGGUGGGUUUGAUCAUGUGAGAGUCCAUCCCAAGUUCUUGCACUCUAACGCAACAAGUCACAAGUGGGCUCUUGGAGCUUUUGCUGAGCUUUUGGACAAUGCUUUAGAUGAGGUUCACAGUGGAGCUACAUAUGUUAAUGUCAACAUGCUAAACAAUAAGAAAGAUGGAAGCAGGAUGCUCUUGAUUGAAGACAAUGGAGGUGGAAUGAAUCCUGAGAAGAUGCGACACUGCAUGUCUCUCGGAUACUCUGCCAAGAGUAAACUUGCAAACACCAUUGGACAGUAUGGCAACGGAUUCAAGACUAGUACAAUGAGACUGGGAGCUGAUGUUAUUGUAUUCUCACGUUGCCCUGGAAAAGAUGGAGACAGCUUUACACAGACAAUUGGGCUGCUAUCGUACACAUUUCUGAAGAGCACAGGAAAAGAGGACAUUGUUGUACCCAUGCUCGACUACGAAAGAACUGGUUCAGAGUGGAGUCCAAUAUUACGGUCUUCAAUUAGUGAUUGGAAUAAGAACGUGGAAACGGUAGUUCAGUGGUCGCCAUUCUCUUCUGAAGACGAACUUCUUUGCCAGUUUAAUCUAAUGAAGGAGCAUGGCACAAGGAUAAUCAUCUAUAACCUCUGGGAAGAUGACCAAGGACUGCUAGAGCUUGAUUUUGACACGGAUCCACACGAUAUCCAACUUAGAGGGGUCAAUCGGGAUGAGAAAAGUAUCAGCAUGGCUACUCAGUACCCUAACUCUAGACACUUCCUGACAUACAAGCAUUCACUCAGAAGCUAUGUAUCUAUUCUAUACCUAAGGGUUCCACCUGAGUUCCGUAUCAUUCUCCGAGGAAGAGAUGUUGAGCAUCACAACAUAGUGAAUGACAUGAUGCACACAGACCAAGUCACAUAUCGUCCAAAAGAAGGUCCCGGUGGACAAUCUAAUUUCUCAAAUAUGUCUGCUGUUGUGACCAUUGGAUUUGUUAAGGAUGCAAAACAUCACGUUGAUGUUCAAGGCUUCAAUGUUUACCACAAGAAUCGCCUUAUUAAGCCAUUUUGGAGGAUAUGGAAUGCAGCAGGAAGUCAAGGUCGUGGGGUCAUAGGGGUUUUGGAAGCUAAUUUCGUUGAGCCUGCUCAUGACAAGCAAGGUUUCGAGCGUACAACAGUUUUGUCUAGACUGGAGACAAGGCUACUUAUAAUGCAGAAGAAUUAUUGGAGAAAGAACUGUCACAAAAUUGGAUAUGUUUCAGCACAGGGCAAAAAGGCCGUUAAAGACUCUGAAGACAGAGAAUCUUCACCAGAAUAUGCCGUCUCAACCAGGAAAAGAGCUGCUGCGUCGUCGAGCUUUAAAGCUCCAGCUGCUUCUGCUGCUGCUGCAGAGCAAUUCGACUCAAGGAAAAAUGUGAAUCGUGGAGGAAAAGGAUCUGUUAGAGAUUCUAAAGGGGUCGGUUCUGAGAAAAGUGGUAAAUUUGGAAACACCUCUUCCAAAUUAAAUGGACGAGCAAAGCCUAAAGGAGCUCCUCAAGCUGUAGAAGAUGUUAAUAGUGAUGAUCACUCUGAUUACGAUCCAUCGGGUGAAGAAAAUGCCACUGAGCUUCCUGAGAAGAACUUCGAACAACCCAAGCCACGUUCUGCUGACUCACGUACCCUCAGUCAACUGGAGCAAGAGAAUGAAACCUUAAAAGAAAGGCUAAAUAAAAAAGAAGCAGUUUACUUGUCGUUGCAAGAAGAGCUGCGACGUGAGAAAGAGCUUCGCAAGAAACUUGAAGCGGAGGUUCAAAGAACAAAAGACGAGUUAGAAGAAGUGAAGAAAGAGCAAGAGAGUUUAAUCGACAUAUUCUCAGAGGAUAGAGACAGACGCGACAAGGAGGACGAAGAUCUCCGAAAUAAGAUAAAGUCCUUGGAGGAAAAAUCCCGAGGUAGACGUUAGAGGUCUGAACUAGCUCGGAAGGAUGUCGCUGAAUGGAGGAUAACAUUGACUGGUUAAUUCUUUCUAUGUGGUGGCACAGUGUUGUCUCUGACCCAACCACACCGGAGUUAGUAGAGAAAUAGAGUAUUGUAAAUGAGUUAAACUCCAACAAAUACUCAGACAUCGGUUUUGCAGUCAAUGCAAGUAAAGAUCAUCAUAUUGACAUUUACAAAUUGUCUUUUGCUUUUGAAGUUUUAGUAAUAGAUAUGAACUGCUCAACAACUAAUGAAACCUAUUCCACUUACCUAAGAAAUUU